AACACGACUCAAGAUCAAAGAACAUUCUGGAGUGUCCGCGACAACUCCUAUCAUAAACACAUAAAAUAUAUAAUAAUUUCAUAGUUCAUCACAGAAAUUGCAAGAACCAUAUCAUUCAUCGUGUUUUUCCCUUUUUCUGCUACAUUUCUCUUUGCACUGGUGUAAUCAACAAUGGCUGACACUAUCUUUGGGUACCCUCUCAGACGCUUCUUCUGGAGUCACCCUCCAAUUUUCAGAGAAUGGUCAGGCUCCAUGGCCCUCUUGGACUGGCUCGAAUCACCUAAUGCACACAUCUUAAAAAUUAACGUUCCAGGAUUCAGCAAGGAUGACAUAAAGGUGGAAAUUGAGGAUGGAAAUGUUCUACACAUCAAAGGGGAAGGUGGGAGAGAGGAGGCUCAAGCAAAGGAAAAGGACAGUGUUUGGCAUGUUGCUGAGAGAGGCACUGGGAAUGGUGGUUUCUCAAGGGAAAUUGAAUUGCCAGAAAAUGUGAAGGUGGAUCAGAUUAAAGCACAGGUUGAAAAUGGUGUCCUCACUAUACUUUUGCCUAAAGACACAACUACCAAAUCACCUAAAGUCAGAAACAUCAACAUCACUAGCAGGCUUUAAGCUUUUCAGAUCUAGAAUAUGUUUAUAUCAAUAAGAAUCCCAAGACCAUAUAAGUUCUAUCGUGUAUGUGAGGGUGUGUGUAUAUUGUACCUACUUCUGCAAUUUAUAUGUAGUUAUGAACCUUGUGUAACUUUCUGAAUAGCUAAUUUGGUAUGAAAAA